GGAGGUGGUCACUCACUCCUCAUUUCUCCCGGGUGACGAACGGAACGCCACCAGGAGCCGGAGCCAGUGAACCCGAAAAAUACCCACUCGCAUACCGAGCCUCCCUGGGACCAAGUGGGCCCUGUGCGUUAAUCGGAGUCACCGCGAUUAAGUGCGCUGUCCCCCUUAUUGGAGCCACUCGUUGGGCCCAGUGCGUUUUUCAGUUCUAUUUUUUGUGUCACAGGAUAAUAUUAGUUUCCUGGAGGUGUGAAUCCUGAAUCAUGACGGAAGAAAAGGAUGACAAAAUGGAGGCUCAACACUCAGAGGAACACCAUAAACGACCCAUCAAAAAUAAAAUUGUGGAAAAGCUGAAGAAAAAUGCGUUUUUAAUCAGCACCCUGACUGGUGUGAUUUUAGGUGCAAUUCUAGGGUUCAUUCUUCGGCCUCAGAAUUUGACAGCGGAUACAGUGACGCUGAUAUCGUACCCUGGCGAGCUGUUUAUGAGAACUCUUAAAUUAUUAGUUUUACCCUUCGUGAUAACUUGCAUAAUUAUCGGCACGGCGUCAUUAAACAUUCAGAAAAAUGGAAAAAUCGCUGUUCGAACGUUGGCAUACUUUUUCUCAACUUCGAUGCUCAAUGUCGUUAUCGGUAUGAUCCUGGUUCUUCUCAUACAUCCGGGCAGCUCUGGCCUCAAACCGCACGAGCACAAACCCAAAGGUCUGAAGCCUCAAGUCUCGAUUCUGGAUGGAUUCCUUGAUAUUGGAAGGAAUCUUUUGCCUGACAAUUUGUUCCUCGCGACUUUGGAAACAACGUAUACUAAGUACGAUCUUGUACCUGGAACCAAUGGAACUUACAAGAAAAUAAUUGAUACAAGGGCAGGCACAGAUAUGAUCGGUAUAGUCGUUUUCUGUAUGAUGUUCGGAUCAAUCUUGGGGACCCUUGGCUCCAAACGUCAAAUCGUCAUUGAUUUCUUCUCCGUGAUUUAUGACGUCCUCAUGAAACUUCUGCUCGGUGUGAUUUGGUGCACUCCUGUUUGCGUCGGGAGCAUAAUUUGCGGGAAGAUCGCAUCGAUUCCGGACAUCAGCUCAGCCUUGGAUCGGUUGGCGUGGUUUAUUCUCACCGUCCUGGUUGCACUCGCUCUGUACCAUUUCAUCAUCAUUCAACUCAUCUACUUCUUUUUCCUCCGCAAAAAUCCCUUCAAAUAUUAUGUACAAUUGGGACCCUCCUUGCUCACCGCUUUUGCCACAUCUUCCAAAGCUGCAUCCCUUCCGAUAACUUUCAAAGUGUUAGAGGACGAGGUGAAGAUGAACAAACGGAUAACACGAUUCGUGCUGCCACUUGGGAACUUGAACCUCAACGGAACGGCCGCAUUUAUGACCAUCGGUGUCAUUUUCAUCGCCCAAAUGAACAACAUGCCGCUUGGAAUCGGCGAUUAUGUCAAUUUACUGAUAACGGUGACAUUUUUGUCCAUGUCGAUGGCUACGAUUCCGAGUGCUAGUCUAAUCAUUAUCGUCAUGCUCUGUAAUAUAAUUCACGCACCCGUUGAGGACGUUUCACUCCUUUUUGCUGUCGACUGGCUUUUGGAUAGAGCGCGGACGGUGAACAACAUACUGGGCGACUGCUACACGAUUGCUGUAGUUCAGAAACUAUCGGAGAAAGAGCUGGCUGCUCUUGAACAGGAGGAAAGCGGGAAGUUGAUGGAAUCGGAGCACACAAAUGAGACCAACUCAGACGGAAAACGAACACAGGUUUCCGUUAAUGCGUGAGCAUGAAUAACUUAUGAGACAUAGUCCUCCAUAAUGGCGGAAUUCCUUUUAAAUUUUUAGUGUAAAUAUUUGUCAUUUUCCUCGUUUCUCUGUGUUUCUUUUUGAUUUUUAAAAAUAAGACAAGGGCUCGCGAAGUCAGCUACGCAAUUCUUAAGAACGAUGCGAGUUUACUUUCGUGAAGGAUGACAAUGAAGAGAGAUGUACUGCCGUGCUAAGGAUAAACGUAGUAUGAACCCUCAGAUGUUUCCAAAUUUCCUUUGAUACGCCACUAAUUUACUAGGAAAGUUGUGGAUAUUUUUCUUUCAAUCUUUCUGACAAUAUUGUUUGCACUGUAAUCUAAAAUAUUUGACAAAAUCAAAGACAAAUAUGCAUACUUUUCCUAAAAAAUAAACGUUUAACCGGUGGAAAUUUGGCAACUCUCGAAUGUUCGUAAGGCGUUUUGCCUUAGCACGGCAGUAUACGGAUCGGAGCGUCGAUAUUGUAAAUCUUAGGGGAAAGUCCCUAGUACCAAGAGACCCGUGCCAAAAAUUAGUGGAUGACGUCAUUGGUUAGACUUGAAUCAAUGCUCCGUGAAUCUAUACCUAAAAAUUACAUUUUUGCCACGGGUGCAGUGACCUGUCAAAAACUUGGGAAUUUUGGCAAAAUGAACAGAUCCAGACGCGGUAAACUGCAGAGAUUUUUGAAGAUUACAAUAACAAAAAGUAUGUAGAAAUAAGAAAAUUUUUGCACGCUAUGUUUGCUGUUUAAAAUUUUAUCAAGACAAGCAAAAACGAAUUCAUAAUAAUUUUGGAUGAUGUAGUUGACCUCGAGCAAAGCGAAAAAAAUGCGGAAGCUCUUCUUUUUUUUUUCGUUGCUUUUCACUCGAUUACUGAUAAUUGUAUUAUUAGUAACUUUCUUAAGAGACGGUUUUUUCUAUCAUGAUAUGCAUUGUUAUUUGCAUGUAAUUUCGAAGAAAAAAAAACCUGUAUUCCAUAAUACAUGUAUGCGUAGAAGCAUCAUAUCGUUGGAUACAUGAUUUUCGUGUAGUGUUAUUUUCUCAGUGUAAAUGAUUGAGAUACAUUUGUGAUGUCUUACAUAUUCAUGAUGUGUAUUGUCAUAUUCUUACAUAAGUUAGUGCCUUACUUGUUUGAUUUCUUUCAUUUUUAACCAUGACAAUCAACAUUUAACAUUUUCAGAUAUUCCUAAAAUGUUGAUCAAAGAGAAUGAAGCUUCUCACUGAAUUCGGGGAGUUUUGCUAGUGGAAUUAAAACGACCUGAAUAUUUUAGUCAAUGUAGGAGUAGAUGUGACAAAGAGACAAGAGCUGAAAUUAAAAUGGUUUCAUGAAAACUUUUAUACCUUUUCAAUAAUUAAUUUAUCCCGAAUGUGAGGAUAUCUUGGUUAGUGAAAUGACCUCAGCGAAAAACGAGUAUAAAUUUUUGGUUACGCUGUUGAAAGUUGAGGAGCGAAACUCGGUGCAGGAGUCUUACAGCGCUCAAAAAUCUUGAGUGAUAUGAAUGCGAAGUUAAAUUAGCACUUCAAAUGCGUACGUCACUCCGCAAAAAGAAUGUAAGUAACUCCGUAAGGAGAAUAGAUUCCGAACCGCAAAUGUAUCACUCAGGAUUUUUAGGCGCUUUGUGUAGACUCCGGCAUAGAAUUUCACUCCGACAUUUUUAGCAGUGUAGAAAAUAACAAUUCGUGUCUUCACCUAUCGUACGGUCAUUUAGUAAUGCCAUAAAAUCACUAACACUAUGAAUUAGUAUGGAAGGGGGAUGAGUACGUUAAAUUGACUCAUAACUUAAGGCAAUUCUCUAGUCCAUAUUUUACAUGCUCGUAGGCAUACCGAUCUUAAACUAAGGUAGAUAAACUUUGAAGUAGUUACCCAUUAUCAGGACAUGGGCCAUAAAGCACAGGAGAAACAUUUUACAGAGUACCAGUGAUGUUGUUGCUCACUUGUCCGUUUAAUAAUUCUCAUCAAACUAAUUUAUUCUUAAAAUUGUCAGAUCGGUACAUCUAUUUAAGUGUAUUAAGUCAUAAAUUAGUGUGUAAGUGUAUUAGGGUCAUAAAUGCAGGUUUGGUUUUCGUAAGUUUUGCUCAAGAUAAAUACUUCCAAAUUGUAAACUCUCCUGUACAAUAAAAGCUUCAUCAAAAUA